AUGUCCUCCUACCUCAGCAACCUCCUCACCUCCACAACCUCCCGCUACCAAUCCAUCCGCCGCACCCUCCUCUCCAACGAAGAAGACGGCGACACCGAAGACGACUCCCACAUCAGCCGCGUGCUGCGAGCCUACUAUACGGAAAAAGGCCGCCCGUACCCCCAAUGGCUCCCUCCCGACCCAAAUGAUAGACGAGCCGUCACGCCGCAGCCUCAACUCACAUCCACAUCAAGCUACCUGAGCAGCAUCACCGGCGCCAAAUCCUCCUACGCUCCCGUCCAGAACCAAGCUCAGCAACAACCAGGCGGCCGCAGCAGCCUCAGCGAUCUCUGGGACCCUCCUGCACAAUCACAACCGGCGCCAAUGCAACCGCAAUCCCUCCGUGCCGGACGAAGACCCGUUGCCGCCGCACCUGCACCCAGUAAUCCAGGCGGUCUGGCGCCGCGGCCUCUGCCUUCGCAGCGCGCAGGGUCGUAUCAGAGCAUGCAGUCGAAUCAGUCUGGGAGGCCGACUUAUGAGACAACGCCUUCGACGGGUAGUACCGGUGGGACGGCGCAGGAUAGGUUGAAGGCGCGGUUGUAUGGGACGAGGUCGGCGAGUCCGGGGGGACAGGGGCCGUAUGAGCCGCCGCCGCAGCAGCAGGGAGGUAAUGAUGGGGGGUCGUCGAGGAGGUUUGGGCGGUGA